AUGCCCAUCCCCACCGCCCCCACCCCCGACCAUUCCAUCCCCUCCGCGCCGACCGAGUCCGACGUGCUCCAGCGCCGCCGGAUCGUCGUGCCAGGCAGGUUCGAGUUCGAGCCCACGUCGCGCUGGGUGCGCGGCGUUGUCGGGGACGUUGCUCUCGUCGACUCGCGGCACCAGAUCCUCGUCUGGGAGCCCGGGUACAAGGUGCCCGAGUACGCGUACCCCUCAAGCCAUGUGCGGACGGACCUGCUCGUCGCGAGCGACGCCGAAGAGGAGAGCACGCAGCCGCCGUCCGAAGCGGCAGUCAAGGCGCCCUCGAGCAAGGAUUACUGGCGCCCCCGGUGGCCCGACGUCCAGUGGUUCGACUACGUGCACGCCGACCGGCGGAUCAAGCGCGCGGCGUGGAAGUGGAACGUGCCCGGCUUGGAAGACUACAUCGCCGUCAGCUGGUACCCUGGCGUCCUGGACGCAUGGUACGAGGAGGACGAGCUCGUUCACACCCACCCCCGGGACCCGGGUAACCGCGUCGACGUUAUCCCCAGCAAGCGGCACAUCAAGGUCGUGCUGGACGGCGAAGUGCUUGCGGAGAGCACGUCGGCGCUCGCGCUCUUCGAGCACGCGCUCCCGACCCGCUUCUACCUCCCGCGCGAGGACGUGCGCCUCGACCUCCUGGACGAGGUGCCCCUCGUCACUCAGUGCCCUUACAAGGGCUACACUAGCACCUACUGGCGCCGAAAGGGCACGGCACGCGACAUUGCCUGGACGUACGGACAGCCCGUGCACCAGGUCAGCGCGAUCAAAGACCGCAUCGCGUUCUUCAACGACCGUGUCGAGCUCAUUGUCGACGGGGAGCCGUUCGUCGACUCGCCCAGGACGUGGGCGUAG